GACCCAGGAGGGGGCAGAGCUAGGGUGUGGAGGACGCUGGACCGGUCGGGAGGCCGCGUCUGGAGUGAGCGGGUCUGAUCGGGCUAGUGCGGCGCUGAAGGGCCAGACCUAGGUCUAGGGGACAGAUUCUCUUCAGUGAGACCCGCCUUCCCUGGCCCCGGCCCCGGCCCCGGCCCCGGCCCCUCCCAGUUCCCCCAGCGACGGUCGCUUCCUGGUCCCCGUCGCAACCAUGGCUGAAGAACAACCGCAGGUCGAAUUGUUCGUGAAGGCUGGCAGUGAUGGUGCCAAGAUCGGGAACUGCCCCUUCUCCCAGAGACUGUUCAUGGUGCUCUGGCUCAAGGGAGUUACCUUCAAUGUCACCACUGUUGACACCAAGAGGCGGACUGAGACGGUACAGAAGCUGUGCCCAGGAGGGCAGCUUCCAUUCCUGCUAUACGGCACCGAAGUGCACACAGACACCAACAAGAUUGAGGAAUUUCUGGAGGCGGUGCUGUGCCCUCCUAGGUACCCCAAGCUGGCAGCUCUGAACCCCGAAUCCAACACUGCUGGGCUGGACAUAUUUGCCAAGUUUUCUGCCUACAUAAAGAAUUCAAACCCAGCCCUCAAUGACAAUCUGGAGAAGGGGCUCCUGAAAGCCUUGAAAAUUUUAGACAAUUACUUGACAUCCCCCCUCCCAGAAGAAGUGGAUGAGACCAGUGCUGAGGAUGAGGGCAUCUCUCAGAGGAAGUUUCUGGAUGGCAAUGAGCUCACUCUGGCUGACUGCAACCUGUUGCCAAAGCUCCACAUAGUACAGGUGGUAUGUAAGAAGUACCGGGGAUUCUCCAUUCCUGAUGUGUUUCGGGGAGUGCAUCGCUACUUACGCAAUGCCUAUGCUCGGGAAGAGUUUGCCUCCACCUGUCCAGAUGAUGAGGAGAUCGAGCUGGCCUAUGAGCAAGUGGCCAAGGCCCUCAAAUAAGUCCCUCCUGGGGUUCCCUCACCCCCAUCCAUUUUCUCCAUCAAGGCCCUGGAUCGUUUGUUUCCACAUGGCUACCCAAUGGACACACUCCAAAACGGCCGGUGUACAGAGAAUCCUGGUGCGGGGCUUGCUGGGGGGUGAUGAGGAGAAAGGAUGGGGGAUAUGGGUGAGAUUUUUAUUGUGGGGUCGGGCGGAUAGGACAAUGUGUUUCAAUAAUAAAAUACAGAAGGAAAA